AUGGGUAAUCUCUUAGCAGAUCAGAUUAUAGAGAUUUCAAAUAGGCCUGUAAAUGCUGAUUACGACAUUGAGGACAAUGACGUAGGAGUCUUUGAACAUAGAGACGACAGGUCUAGCGGUGAUGAGAGUGAUGGAUCAGCAGACGAUGCAGGCAGUAAGAAUCAAAAAGACCAUUACGUCUCAGUAGGAAAUUCCAAACUUAGGGAUGACGGUAUGGAGCUGGAUGGAGGUAAGUAUCAUGGAGCAAAGGGAUCAAGACAUGAGUUGUUUGAUGACGGACUUGAAGAGGGUAUCCCAACCGAGGAGGAAUCGGCACAAGAGAGUGAUGCUGUCUCGUGGCGCACAGACUCCGAGGAUGAGGCGGAUAGCGAUCGCGAAAGUAGCAGUGGGGAAGAAGUGGAAGCGGAGCAAGAUGAAGAAGUCGAAGAGGAAUCUGAAGUGAAAAGAGACCGUUUAGCUGAAAUGGUUGAGCAGGAAACGAGGAAAGCGGUCAAAAAGCUAUCAGAGACAACCCAACGAGAUGCAGCCAAGGGUCUUUGCAUCAUUGAACAGUCUCAGUUAUUCGAUAGCAUUUUAGACGUUAGAAUGAAACUGCAAAAAGGUAUAGCAGCAGCUAACAAUUUACCUCUAAGCGAGAAUUCAUGGUCUUACUACGAGUCUCAAUCUCCUGAAACUGAAAAACUUUUGAAGAAGACCAGCAAACUUCUGGAAAAAUUGCUCGGCCAAAUGGUGGAUUUUAGGAAAGAAUUUCAGAUCAAUGACAAUAUCUCUCCAAGUAGUGAAGAAAAGCACGGGAAAUCGCAGAAGAAAAGGUCAAUCAGUCAAUUGACCAAAGACACAGCAGGUCUUGAUGAUGAAUUGAUGGAAUACAGAUCUGCGGUUCUUAAUAAAUGGUCAACAAAAGUUAAUGCUGCAUCCGGUAAAUCUGCAUUGAACUCGUCUAAAUUCAAAGCAAUCAAUCAGCCUUCAGAUGUGCAGGUCGAGAAUCAAUUAUCAGAUAUGGAUAGACUGAUAAAGCGGACAUGUUUGAGCAGGAGAAACACCAGACCAUUGAGAUUUCAAGAAGAUUUAAAAUGCGGUAGAUUAAGUUUAUUGGAACCCCCAGAGGACAAAGAGGACUCAAAAAAUGAUCCAGGUGAGGACAUUGAUAUUCCUAAAAACUAUGAUCCAAGAAGAAAGGAUGAUACCAGUAUAGAUACAAGCGAAAAUCCAUAUAUCUUUGACGAUGAAGACUUCUACCGUGUAUUACUGAAUGAUCUUGUUGAUAAAAAAAUAUUAAAUGCAAAGAAUUCUCAAGGUAGUAGUGCUACAAUUGCGAUAACCUCUCGCUCAAAUAAUAAGCUAAAGAAAAAUAUCGAUACUAAGGCUUCCAAAGGAAGAAAACUAAAUUACUCUAUUCAAGAAGCCAUCGCAAACUUUGAAGCUCCAAGAGACCUCGGUUAUAAAUGGUCGGAUGAGCAGAUUGAUGAGUUUUUUGCUGGUUUGCUGGGCCAAAAGGUUAGUUUUGACGAAGUUGAAGAUCAUUCCGGUAACGAAAAUGAAGAUGCUCAAGAAUCUUCCGCAUUCAAGAACGAUGACAUUCAAAUAUUUGGUUGA